AUGUUCAUUGUACUGUACGCUACGCACAAAAAAGACCCAUGUGUUGUGCUGUGUGAUAAAAUACCGGUAUCAUUUUUUUUGGCAACUGAUAAACUGAUCAGCGAUUCGGUUGAAGAGACCAAGGAGUGUUGCCAGAGAGCAUGCUCCGAAGCGUACCAAAAUGUCAACGAGAGAUUUGCUUGCAUUGUCGGGUGCACUUUCAUGGCCAAGCAGCGGAUUUUCGACCUAGUGUCCAUUUUAUCUGCUGCUUUGUCUUCGGAAGACGAUUUGAUUGCUCACCACUUCCUGGUGACGUCCAUAGACAUGCCGGAUAAUACUAUGAGUGACCCUGGGCUGAAAAAAGAAAUUCUUCCGGGAUGGUGGGACACCGAGGGCUUUAAAUUACCACAGACUUAUAUUAAAUCUGUUCCACAAGAAUCAGGAAUAGACUACAAUUUAUCGCCAGACUAUUCAGGAGAGCCAGAUCAAUCAUAUUCAUGGCCAGCAACAAAUUGGCUACAAUGCGCGUCAAAGCAUACUGGAAUUCCUCGGUGGAUCUUGAGUUGCUCUAUAAUCCUUGGAGUAAUAGUAGUAAUUUGGAUCGGGCUGCUUAGCGAAAAGUCAGAGCCUAAAAACAAUGCCACUAGUGAAAGCAAUAACAAUGAUGACCUUAGUAAAGUUAUACUGAUAUAUCCGAAUGAAAAAACGCCACCUGAUUACACGGAUUGUGUAAGUGAAGAAAAAAAAUUGAUAAUAUAA